AGUAGAUAAUCUCAUUGUCAGAGGCACAAAGAGUCUUUCGUACAGUGAGAGAGAAAUCCUUCCGAUUCACAGAGAUCAGCCCGUUGGAUCAGCAUGAUGGGUUAUAAUGUCUUUCUUCUGUUGAAACUUCUACUGAUUUCAGAGUUUCACAGUCACUGUUCAUGCCUUUCACAUCAGUACCAUUUUGUAAACAUAAACCUGACCUGGACUGACGCCCAGACUUACUGCAGAGAGAACUAUGCUGACUUGGCUACCAUUGAGAAUAUGAAGGAAAUGAACAGAAUAACUGAGUCUGUAGGCUCUGAUUAUACUGGGGAGGCUUGGAUAGGACUGAAGAAUGGAACAUCAUGGAGAUGGCAGUGGUCCUCAGGAGAAGGAGACACAGGGUACACCAACUGGGAUACGGAUGCAACGUACAACCAGAAUAAUGGCAAUUACUGUGUUGGGAUGCGACCCAACAGUUAUUGGAAUAAUAUUCCAUGUUCAUAUUGGAAUACAACUGGGCAUUUCAUCUGUUAUACUGCUCCCACCUGUAAAGACGGAAUAAAUGCUACCUGGAACUUCACCUGGAUUAACCAACAUAUGAAUUGGUCUGAUGCUCAGAGCUACUGCAGAUACAAUUACACAGACCUGGCCAUUGUGAGGAAUAAAGAAGAUAAUGACUUGAUACAUAAAAUUGUUCCAAGUCACACUUGGGCAUGGAUUGGCCUGUUCCGGGACACAUGGGGAUGGUCAGACCUGUCAAACUCCUCAUUCCGUAACUGGAAAAUUGGCCAAAAUGAUUAUGUGAAUAACACAUGUGCUUUAGCUCAGGUCACCUGGCCUGGGACAAGGGAUGUGACUCCAUGUGCUGAAAAGCAUCCAUUCAUAUGCUAUGAUGAUAACCUGAUCUUGGUAAAUAGUAACAUGAUCUGGAAUAAAGCCCUGCAUUACUGCAGAACGUACCAUUCGGACUUGGUGUCUGUCCACAAUGAGGAGAUCCAGUACUGGGUCAGUAGGAGAGCUGAGAAGGCCUCCACUGAUCAUGUCUGGCUGGGGCUGCGCUUCUCCUGCUACCUGAACUUCUGGUCCUGGGUCAGUGCAGAAAAUGUCUGGUACCAGAACUGGGCCCCAAACAACAUAUCCAACAGUAACUUGUGUGGAACCACAGGGGCAGUACAAUCUAAAGACCCAAAUUACUGGGUCAGCCUGCCUGAGACUAAGGAGCUCAACUUCAUCUGCUCCAAAUAUCCAAGUGUACAGGGGUAUGAAGCCGAGCCUGAAAGCUCUGAGUGUCUGCGAGGUAUAAACCCAUAUCAAGGUGUAACAGAUCAUGUUCUUACAGGAAAGAGAACAGUGGUGAGUCUGACUGUCAGUACUGAUGGAGACAUAAAGGAUCCUGCAUUCAGCAGCCAUCUGUUAACACAGCUAAAGGCGAAACUGAUCAGCACAGGCAUGUCAGAAGGCACCGAAUUAUCCUGGAGGACUCAACCUGAUGGCCAAAUCUUCCAUCUAAAGGACUAAAGAGCAUAAAUGACAAGGGGUCUGUGAAUGUGGAAGAAACGAAUCUUCAGUGUGUCAGGAAUCGCAGUGGGAUCUGAGGAGCAGAGCAGCCCAAUAUGCGUUCAUUUGCACAUAGAAAUGUUUUCUUUCUACUGAAUUCAUGAUAAUACAAGUGAUUUUCUAUCAUUUUGCAUCUGUAUAAGAUAAACUUUCAUAUGUGCUGAUCCAGAAACAGAUCAUUUCUAACAACAUUUCAAGCCUCACAGUCCUUAUUGUUUUCUUUGGUGUGUUUCAUUUUAAUAGAUGAUAAACAUUUAGAGAUGAAAAUAUGUUCCGUAGCCUCAUGAUUCCAGGGUUUUGGGUUUUAACUCUCUUCCUGUAUUUGUUCUGUAUUUGUGAAGCUUGAAUGUUCUCCUGCCAUUUGCAUGGGUCUCCUUUGGAUACACAAGUUACCCUCCACAACUGCUGUUAAUAACAUUUAACAACAUACAGCAAAUUACAAAUUAUUCCAUAGGUGUGUUGAGUGUUGUGUUCCAUCCAUUCCAGAAGCAUUGUGGGAAUAACCCAGGCCGAGACGCCACCCCAUCACAGGACACACACACACACACACACACACACACACACACACACACACACACACACACACACACACACACACACACACACACACACACACACACACACACACACACAC